UAAGCUGCUGUAUACGCUGUAAGGACAAGCACACCCAUUUGUUUUGCGGUUUACUCUAUCUUUUCCGAAUACAUUUCCGCUCAAUGUAAGUACCUUGUUUGUACGCUCUAACAAGCAUUGCGAAGGAUUAUAGUACACGAACCAUGACGGUAGACGUAGACGCAGAGGCGGAGCACGGCUGCUGGGACGCGGCGCGCGUGACGGAGGCGGCGCGCGAGGCGGAAGAGACCGGCGCGACCAGAACCGUUUUCGGCUACGGCUCGUUGGUGUGGAAGGUCGAUUUCCUAUCAGAUGCAAAAAUGUCUGGGUCUGGAGCAAAGCAACUUGUCAUGCUAAAUCUGAAUGAUGUAAAAAUCUGUGUUGCAUGCUUACCAAAAGCUGUCCACUUUUGACCUAAUCGAGAGGCAGUUUCUCAUGCAGGAUAGGGAUGAUGGAACUCUCACAGAAUCUGUCAUGCUAUGUCCUACAUGCCAGACCUCGUGGGUCAUGGAAAACCUGCAUUCUAAGUGCAUUGGUUGAGGACUGCCCCCUUCAUCCUAAGUGCCAUCAGCCAUGGUAUCUGGAAAACCUGCAUGACAAGGCUGGCACUCUUCCAGACCCAGACAUUUUUGCAUUUAAUAUUUCCCCUUCGUGCGCAAGUUCCCGUGCUUCGUCACCGGGUUUCAGCGCCGUUUCUGGAUGAAAAGUGUGGACCACCGGGGGACGCCGGCCUUCCCGGGUCGCGUGUGUACGCUGGUGAAAACGGGGUCGGCGGAGGAUCGGGUCGCGGGCAUGGCCUACGAAAUUUCGGCGACCGAUUUCCCGAGCGUGGUCAAAAACCUCGACUUUCGGGAGCGGCACGGCUACACACGGGACAUCACGACGACCGAAGGGGGGACGGUAGAGCGACGAAGUACUAUUGUCGGGGAGGAACAAAAUGGUACGUCGCAGGAAAAUAGAUGUGAGGGAAUGAACCUCCCGGAAGAAGCUGCUCCUGGUGCAACAUCUGUAUUUGUGUACUACUUUAGCCAAGAGAUGAAUAGCGGGGUGACACAAUCUCGUGAGAGCUCGGACGCCCUUUCCUCACCCGAUCUCCCUGCCUCAUCCGCGCUCGUGCGCGACGAGGCGGUCGAGAACACCGCGUCGAUCAUCGCUCUUGCAGUUGGGCUAUCCUGUGCAAAAGUAUCGUACUCGUAUAACUGCAUUACAAAAUCCCUCAGCAUGAGAAAUAGAAUUUGUCGUGCGGAUUUCCCUUAGGACAAAAAUUUGCAAUGCAUGACUGCAAUUACUACGAGUGCGGUACUUUUGCACAGGAUAGGGGCCAUCGGGCCCGAACAUCGACUACCUCAGACAACUGCGGACCGCCGUGAGGGUCCAACUGGAAACGGAAGACCCUUACCUAGAAGAGCUGCUCGCAAAAGCCGAGCAGUUUACGAGGGAUAAUUUUGAAGGGAUCCAUUCAGCCGGUGUUCCGGUAGCAAGUUGUUCGCCGAACGAAAGACACGAAAUUGUAGGGACUGCAAACAAUGCUGCUGAAGACGUCCCGGUGGCAUCAAGUAACGAGAAACCUGUGGAGCAGGACUCCCGUCGUGGUACGGCUGCAACCGAGCAGGGGCAGCGAGCCUUGCAGGCCACGGUGGACAAGCUUUUUCAAAAGUGCCCAUGGAGUCAGAGUAUCCAGCCGCGCCAAAUGCUAAAAUUCUUGGAAAGCGAAUGCGCCGAGGUGCGGACGGAGUUGGAUCGGGUAGAAAAGUGCGACGAGCAGGUGGUGAUGGAGAAGAUCGAAACAGGAGCCGUCCUUGACAGCAGGGUGGAAACGAAAAGUCAGAAGAAGGAGAUACUUUGCUGCACCGAACUGGAGCAGGGUUCGAUGCUCUCUGCGCUAGAGGAGGAACUUGGCGACGUGUUUUUCGAUGCCAUGAUGCUCGCAAAGGCCAUUGAGCGCAAGUUUCCCGGUGUCAGUGCCGAUCGCGCGAAGGCGCGGGCGGCCGAAAAGAUUAGAGGGCGUUGCACUUAUCUCUGGGGCACCGACGUAGCGAAGACGCCGGCGGAGUGCGAAGCAAUCUACAAAAGAAGAAAACAGGAGCAGAAGGAAAAGGCUACUAAGCAAGAAGCUUUUCUUCUCGCGGAGGUAUAGGUUUUCAUCUGCACGCAAAGUUUGUUUUGAUGGCUCCGUCGCUAUUUCACGCAAUGCACAAGAAGAAGAAAAUGAAAAGAACCAGGC